AUGGACACCACAGUCGACACGGACAGUAUGUUGGAGGUUGACCAUCAGACGAAGGCUUGGGAGACUGAUCCGCAGGCUGCGCUGCUGGCCACGCCUGCCCCUCAAGUCAACUGUGGCAUCGGCCACCGUGUCCGAGCCAGUCGCUCGGUGCUCGCCUUGGUCCUUGACGACGAGUAUGUGUAUGCAGGGCUACAGGGAGGCGAUAUUCUCGCGUGGUCGCUCGAGACGUACGAUCUGGUUCUGUCAAUCCACGCACACCAGGAAAGUGUUCUUGGCUUGUAUCUGUCGGAUGAUGGUCGUCUUCUGUUUUCUAGCGGAGGGGAUUCCGUUGUCAAUGUAUGGUCGACGACUACCUUUGAACGGCUCUACUCCAUCUAUUCGCACCAUGAUGUCGGCGAUAUCUUUGCCGUCGUCUAUUCGUCUACUAGAGACACCGUCUACUGUGGUGGCCAGAACACCAGUAUUCAGUGGUGCGACCUCUCAGGCUCGUCUACCGCGUCGGCGACGACCUCGGCGGGGCCUCAUCACCCGUCGAGGCGUACCCAUCGCUUCUUCGAUUCCCGUGGCCCAGACGGGAAGAGAGCACCUCGAUCGGAUUCUAAUUCAGACGAUGCCCAGGCCAUCACCGAGGGUGGUCAGCUGCUGACGUUCAAGCGGGAUCACCACAAGCUCUUUUCCCACCAUGGAUACGUGUACUCGAUGCGCCUGGUUGCCGGUCUGGUGGAAUCAGCACCCUUGGAAGAAGUCCUACUGACAGGUUCCGGGGACGGUGUUGUCAAGCUGUGGCAUUUGGCCCAGCAGACAAACUCUGUGCCCACCCAGAUGGCCAAACUGCAGAAUGGGGACCCUGUGUUGUCCAUCGCUGUGGACGGCUCCUUUCUGUACUGCGGUCUAGUUGGGGGUGCUCUCAACAUUUGGAACCUUGACUCCUACCAGCUGGUCAAACGCAUCACCAAGCAUAUCGGCGACUUGUGGGCUGUUGAUAUCAUCCGCUCGGUCGCCGUGUGUGGCGACUCCAACGGAAUUGUCAAGAAAUUCAACUCGCGCUUUGAAGAAGUGGGCAGCUGGGUUGCCCACGAGGGGACCAUGUUGGCCUCGGCCGCCGGUCGGUAUAAAGAUCGAAUGAUUUAUGCCACAGGAGGUAACGACAACACGGUCGGUAUCUGGGAUCUUACCGAGGUUUCUUCAGCCCAUCAAGAACUGGCGCCAAUCAGUAAUGAUGAAAUGGUGAAUUCUCUGGCCAAAUUCAUCGCGUUCAAGACCGUCUCGUCGAGUCCCAAAUUCGCCGGAGAAUGCAACCAGGGCGCAGCUUUCCUGCGACGCCAUUGCAAUUAUCUUGGAGCCAAGACCACGCUGCUAACGACUGGUCCCGAUACCAAUCCGAUCGUUUAUGCCCGUUUCCAUGCAACUUCGCCGCAGCCAGUGGGUAAGACCAUCCUCUUUUACGGUCACUACGAUGUGGUCAACGCACACAGCAAUCGCGCCCAGUGGAAGACAGACCCUCACCAGCUCACCUCUCUCAACGGCUUCCUGUAUGGUCGUGGCGUGACGGAUAACAAGGGCCCCAUUCUUGCCGCUCUCUACGCAGCGGCAGACCUGGCCCGCACCAAGACGUUGCAGUGCGACGUCGUGUUCCUGAUUGAGGGCGAAGAGGAAUCCGGGUCCCAGGGGUUCCACGAGACCGUGCGCCGGCACAAGGCGGAGAUCGGGCCGGUAGACUGGAUUCUGCUGGCCAACAGCUACUGGCUCGACGACUUCAAUCCCUGCCUGACCUACGGCCUGCGGGGUGUCGUCCAUGCAAAUCUGGUCGUGACGAGCGAUCACCCGGACCUCCACAGUGGUAUCGACGGCAGCGCGUUGCUAGAUGAGCCGCUCAAGGACCUGUCCAUGCUGCUGGCCACCCUUGUGGGCCCCAAGGGCAAGAUCAACCUUCCGGGAUUCCAGGCCCCGGUUCUGGCUCUGACCGAGGAGGAACAGGAACGCUAUUCCGCCAUUGCCGACGCGAUUCUUCCGCAUCACCCGGAGAUCACGAGCCCCGAGGCUCUGAUCCGGUCGCUCAUGCACCGUUGGCGCGAACCGGCACUCACCAUCCACUCGGUCGAAGUGCCUGGCAACAAGAGCGCAACCACCACCAUCUCCCAGAAGGCCAAGGCCACUAUUUCCAUCCGCAUCGUCCCUAACCAGGAGCCCGACGAGGUGGCGGCCAACCUGACGGCUUACGUGCAAGAGCAGUUUGCCAGCUUUGAAUCGCAAAACGACCUCACCGUGGAGAUCACCGGGAAAUCCGAGCCGUGGCUCGGCGACCCCAACAACGAGAUCUUUGCCACCCUGUCCGAGGCCAUCUCUGCCGCGUGGACGCCCGACGCCCAGUCCCGGAGGUACAGGCACUACCUUCCAGUGGCCGUGGGGACGGCCACACGUCCCGCGCCCGCUGGCCCGCGGGGGGAGCAGCUCGUCCGCAAGGACUCCUCAGACAGUCUAGCAUCACAUAUUGACCGGGUCAUCACCUCGACAACAUCAACGGCCAACGGUGUCGAGGGCAAGAGAUCCGCUGCGAACACGAUUGUGCCGACCUCGUCGACACUAGCCAAGAAGACCCUCGCCGUCGUCCUCCCGGAGCGGGCUUCGCGGGCUUCUUCUCCUUCUCCCUCGGUAUCCCCAUCACCGGCACCAACCCCGGAGCAAGUCACAUCGGCCCCGACCGCGCGUGUGGUCAAACCGAUUUAUAUCCGUGAGGGAGGGUCCAUCCCCACCAUCCGGUUCCUGGAAAAGGAGUUCUCGGCCCCGGCCGCGAACCUCCCCUGCGGACAGGCGAGUGACAAUGCCCACUUGGCCAACGAGCGGCUGCGGGUCGAGAAUCUGUACAAGAGCCGCGAGAUCUUCAGAUACGUGUUUGACAAAUUGCCGAGCAGACAGACUUAG